AAUGGAAGCCCGGCAGAUGAGGAUAAGGCCUUGGGCUUUCCUUUUCGGAGUUCUUUAUCCUUUUCAUUAACUCUCUCAUCCUAGAUGAUAUUACUCUUCUCUUCUCCUUCAUUAAUUGUCUACAAAUCCAUAAUUUUCUAUAUUUAAAUUCUUGUCUCUUCUUCUCUACACAAUCUCUCCACUCCCAUCGAUAUAUCAAUGCCAAACUAUAUUUCUUAAUCUCAUCUUCAUUUUAAAACUAUAAUCUUCUUCCUUCUCUAUCCCAUUUGAAUCACUCAAUUAUGUCAAUUGCUCUGGAAACCAAUACCGUUUUUUCUCAACCUGGAUUGCCCUCUUACUGUUCUGUCUUGAAUACCACCGGAAUUAUUCCGGUUGUUCGGCGAGAGGCGGCUCUUGCUGAUGCGGUGGCGCCGGCGGAUGUGGAUAGAUGUACUUCCUCUUCAUCGUCCUCGAUCGGAGAAAAUAGUGGUUUCUCUGUACGAUCAUCGGAUAAUGACGAUGGAGAGGAUAAUGAGGCGGAAAGUUCGUAUAAAGGACCUCUAGGAAUGGAGUCGUUGGAAGAAGUUCUGCCUAUCAGGAGAGGAAUUUCAAAUUUCUAUAACGGGAAAUCGAAAUCCUUCACAAGCCUAGUAGACGCUUCCUCCUCCUCCUCCAUUAAAGACAUAGCGAAGCCUGAAAACGCUUUCUCUCGAAAACGGAGGAAUCUUCUUGCAUCUAAUCUAAUCGCCGGCGGCAUAUCAAAGCGUCCGAUUAUUAGUUCAAGUCGAAGCUCGUUAGCGUUGGCCGUCGUCCUGAGCAGUUCUGAAAUCCACAAAAAUAACGAUCUGAAUUCAAUAUUACCUCCGCCGACGCUGAUUCGUCCUCCAUUGUACCCCAACGGGCGAGGAUCUCGUAUCAAUUCAGGUUCUGCAGUUCCAUCUCUCUGUAAAUUCCCAACUUGGCGAUCAUACUCCAUGGCCAAUAUACAGUAGCUAGCGUAGGGAAGGGUUUUCCCAUGGCGUCCAUGGAAGCUAAAUCACCAUGAAAGACUAACUUAACCUCUUGUGAAACCGAGUUUCAUCGAAUUGGUUUCUGACGAAUAACUCAUUUUCUUUCAAAUUUCCCACGAUCUUAGGAACUCUGUUUUGAUUUCCUUUUUGUAUGAAUGUAUGUAAAGUGAAAAGAGAAAAAGCAUAGCAGUUCAUAUUUUGAAUCGAUUUCUGUUUGUUCAUACAAUUUGAAUAUCAGCAAAUGGAGAGAGCAUGAGAGUUUCUUUUUUUAAA